GCAAAUCAUCCCUCACUACUACGGGUUAAGAUGACCAGUAUACUGGUGGCCUUUCAUUAGAGGUGCAAAAGCUAUCUGAAGCUAAUUCAUCGUCUCCGUCACUUUAUCAUUCUCAAAAUCCUUCAAGCAGACAAUGUCUCUCCCCAAGAACACAACUGUGCUUAUUGUGGGUACAGGCCCCGCAGGUCUCAUAGCUGCUCUUGCUCUUGUUCACAACAGGUGUUAUGACAUUAUUAUCGUGGAUACCGUAGGCGAAGGAUCCAAUUCAUCGAGGUCAUCGCCAUACACACUAUGCAACCAUCGAGAAAGCAUCAAUGUCGCAGAUGAGUUACUGUCUUGA